AUGCCUUCCGUCGAGAACAAGAUCCUUUUCAUCAAGAUGGGUGUUCUGGAGAUCCAGCCACCCGUUUGCCCUUCUGCUCGGAAAGGAGCUGUGGAUAGCCGGAAUGGCAAACACCGAGAAAUCAAGCUGCAUGCUUGGGGGGCAAUCCUGGGCUCAAGUUUGGGCUUGUGGCCUUGGAGGAAGAAGCACAGAGAAGAAGAACCGGACGGCAACGCCGAGAGGAUCCGGCGAUGGGGAUUUGCAUUUGCACCAAUUGUCACAGCAGAGGAGUUCGCCAACAAGCUGGAGAAUGGCCGGCAAGUCUCUAAGCCAUCGAACGAUAAGAAGGGCGAGGUCAUGAUUAACUUGGACGUGAUCGAAACCAUAUUGAUGGAUGACGAACCGCAAAAGGAUGACAAGUACGUGUCAGAGCAUGAUGUGGAGAAGGCUAUCGUCCGGGUGAACUCCAAAGAAACCCCAGGAGCGAAACACAGCUCCAAGCGCAAGGGCACAGGAUUUAUCACCAAGGCCGCCAUGAUGGAUAUCCUCUCAAAGGUGGAUGAUGAGGAAGAAGAGGACGAAGUCCCGGAAAAAGCUCAGGCGGCGGACGGCCGACGCACUUCAACCAGCAGCCGUUGCAAGGACCGUAAGGGCACCGGCUAUGUAAGCAAGGACAAGCUGCAAAAGAUUUUGGCGGCUGCUGGUGAAGAAGAGACUUGA